AUGGCCGGUGUCAUGGAAGUCGACCGCACCCGGAACCGUCGUGAGAGAACCUUUGUCGGGAGCGAAUGCGCCGUCUGUGAAGAACCCCUCGAACACACUCUCCGCGGUGAACGUGUCCUGCAGUUCUCCUGCGCCCAUGUUUCCCACGAGGCCUGUUUCUACGAAUAUAUCCGUGAAUUCGAGGGACAGUAUUGCCCCACUUGUGAUGCUCCCCUUGGGCUGGACACCAGCCGCGGGGGAAAUGUGCUAGAUAUCGAAAAACUUAGCAACAUUGUCCGCUCCGUCACCAGUGAUGCAGCCACUGCCCGCAGUGGUUUGACCACACCCACUCCCUGGGACCAACCCCCCAGCCGUGGCCGCCUCGGCAGUGAUGCCGGUAGUCAUGCGACUCAUGCGACUCAUGCGACCAAUGCCUACAACCCAACUAAUUCCUACAACCCCCGUGAAAGUCGCGAUCCCUAUAACCGUCGCGAGAGCCGCGAUACGGCCAGUCAUCGCGAACGAAUCGAGCGGAUGGCCUCCGUCUCCCGUACCCAACAUACCCGCAAUGACAGUAUCGUCGAAUCCACUCCCGAUUAUGCCGACGGCUCUCAGCAUCCCGCCAAUGGCCGCCGUCAUGACUACGAUGUCCAGGCCAUGGAGUCGGAUUUGAGCCCGCGUGCCGCUCCAACCAAGAAUCCCAUUCCGGCUCCCACGGUUUCUAUCCGGAGCGAAUUCCCCACGCUCAGUCGCUCGCGACAGCAGCAGUCAUUGGCCUGCUUGAUUACCGUCGAAGUCCCCGAAGGCAAUUGGUCCCCAGAUGUGGAGGAUCUGCGCCAUUCCACGGGUGGCGCUGCUGUGCCACAGGAUGAACCAUUUGGUGGCGUUAUGCGCUUCCCUACUGUUCGCGAAAGCCGAUCCAGUCAGUUCGAGGCCCAGGAGAAUCUCGACGACGUGGCAGAAGAUUUGCGCAUGCGUGUAGACAAUUGGCAUGGACUGGAGUUCUCAAGAUUUGGCAAGCUGCGUCACCAUGGACGCAUGGCUGUGGGCAAGGACCGCGAAUCGUGGCAGGAAUUGCAAUGCUACCUGUUCGCUGAAAUGCUUAUCUGUAUCAAGGAGAAGCGCGUCCACGACCGUCAUCAUCAAUAUGAUGACCAAAUAUCCAAGCCCAAGACUACUCGCUGCACUUUGAAGGGUUCUAUUCUGAUUAAGAAGCAUCUCAAGUCCAUUGAUGGGCCAGCAGAUGACCACGUCCUCACUCUGAACCUGACCGUCAGCGAACUGCCGUGCUUCUUCCUCCGGUUCCAGAACCGGAGUCAGCUGGAAACCUGGCGUCGCGCACUUCUCGAUCUUCACAACCCCGUCGACAUCUCCCCUCGUCCGAUUGACUACGACUUGGACAACUCGGGCGCAGAGGAGGAUGACUGGCGCGCCAGCCAGAUCCGACGCCAGGCAUCCAUCAAUUCGUCGUACGGCGCGGGACGCUCCGUCGCCACAGCAAUCACCGACUACACCAACACCGGCAUGGAAAACAGCCUGACGGCCUCGUCAAUCCACAUCCCGCUUGACAUUGUCGUCGUCAUCCCCGUGUCGUCCUCGAUGCAGGGUCUCAAGAUCACGCUGCUCCGCGACGCUCUCAAGUUCAUGGUGCAAAACCUGGGUCCCCGCGACCGGAUGGGUCUCGUCACCUUUGGGUCCAGUGGUGGUGGCGUGCCGCUUGUUGGUAUGACCACCAAGACCUGGGCUGGAUGGAACAAGAUUCUGAGCUCCAUCCGUCCCGUGGGCCAGAAGAGCCUGCGGGCGGAUGUCGUGGAGGGUGCUAACGUUGCCAUGGAUCUGUUGAUGCAGCGCAAGUCUAGCAACCCCAUCUCCACCAUCCUUCUGAUCAGCGACUCGUCCACUUCCGACCCAGAGAGCGUUGACUUUGUCGUCUCCCGUGCUGAGGCGGCCAAGGUGAGCUUGCAUUCGUUCGGUUUGGGUCUGACCCACAAACCCGAUACCAUGAUCGAACUCUCCACUCGCACCAAGGGCUCCUACCUCUACGUUAAGGAUUGGAUGAUGCUGCGUGAGUGCGUGGCGGGUUGUCUGGGUGCGCUACAGACAACGUCGCACCAGAACGUCAAGCUGAAACUUCGUCUUCCUGAGGGGUCGCCAGCCAAGUUCGUCAAGAUCAGCGGUGCGCUGCACACGACCAAGCGUGCCACUGGUCGCGAUGCUGAGGCGGCUCUGGGUGACUUGCGAUUUGGAGACAAACGCGAUGUAUUGGUUCAGCUGGUCAUCCAGCCGGACAAUGCCACCCAGGAGAGCAUGCCCCAGGACCCCUGGGACAGCCUGGUGUCCGGCUUGGAAGCCCUCGGGGGAGGCCCCGAUGGCGAUGAUCAGCGCGUGUUGAGCGUGGAGGAAGUGCCAUUGAUUCAGGCUGAUCUGACCUACGGUGACUUGCUCCGCGAUGGUCAUCUGACGCACUCUCCCCGACCAUCGCUGCUGACCAUUACCAUGCUUCCACCCAACCCCAAGGCCAGGGGUAGUGUCGCUCGACCGAUUACGCCGCCCAUCCCUCCGCACCCGUCUAUUGUGCAGCGGCGUAUGGAGCUGCUCACCUCUGACAUGCUGACCCGCUCGUUGACUCUCGUCUCGCGCGGCCAAGCCGAUCGUGCUCAGCACCUUCUGAAUGAGACCCGGAGUAUCCUCAAGGGUCUGGGCAAGGGCAGCCUGCCGCCGCUGCCCCCAGGUGCGCCCAAGCCUUCCGGUCACAGCGACGCGGGCAGUCGGGGUGAAACCCCCACUUCCUCAUCUCCGCGUUCGUCCAGUUAUGGCGAGGGGCCUCAUUCGUCCGCUGCGUCGGAGAGUGCGACUGCCACCCCAGUGGCUGCCGCUGUCGACCCUCUGACCAUGGGCGCGCUGGACGGCGAUCUCCAAGCAGCUUUGGAGUGGAUCCCUCACCCGGCAGUCUUCAGCCGUGACUCGCGCAAGGCCGUGCUGCAGAGCAUUGGCGUCAUUUCCUCGCAGCGGGCUUACACUUUCCGCUCGUCGUCGGAAGCGCACUGGGCGCAGCGCGUGUCGGGAGUGCGACGACUCACCGAGAAGUCGAAGGACUGGCGUGAAACCGGUGACGAUGCAUUGACUGAAGAAUGA